CAAAGGCAGAUACGUUUGGCAGUUGCAAGACAGCAUCCGUGAAUUAAAUUGUAAAAAAGUGAAUCGAAAGGAAAAGUAUGGUUGCCAAAUCAAUUUGGCACCUUGUGGCGAUAUUUUGCGGCAUAGUUCUUUUAUUGUCUGAUGAUGUCAACGGGCUACGUUGUUUCCAGUGCAACUCCCAAUAUGACAAAGGCUGUUUCAGUCUAAAAGCCAACGAUACCACCAGUCCCUAUUACUUGGAAUGCACAGUUCCCGAGGCAGAAAUGAAACUGGAAGGCACGCCCUUUUACAAGCUUCCUCUUGAACGCUUCUGCAGGAAAACCUACCAGAAAAUUUUCGAUAGGGGCGGAUUGGAAGUAGUUGUAAGAAGGUGCGGAUGGGCUUUGCACGAUAAAGAGGAUUGCUACUACACCAGCAACGUCGGCCGCAAGGAAGCCGUCUGUCAGUGUUUUUCCGAUGGUUGUAACUCUUCUGGCAGAAACGGCAUCUCCAUUGCAGCAAUUUUAACAAUUCCAGUCCUAAUGUUAUACCUCUAAAGAAUUAUAAGAACGUAUUUUUUUCAUCACAGAUAAUUUUACCUUUUCGUAAGUAAUUUUCAAUAUAUAAAUUUCGAAUUUUGUUCGAAUUAAACUGCCUUAUCCUCUUGGAAGGAGCGAUUGUUACCAUCACAAAUGUUAUUUCCAUUGAAUUUUUUUCCGUUAAUGAAAUUUAUAUUAUGACUACAAAUUUUUUUAUAUAUGUAAAUGAAUCUAAUAAAUCUUUAUGACUUGGUGGUUUUAUUA